AGAACGCUUGUCCAUCACUUUCUCCGUUUUUUUCUUUCGAUAAUGGAAAUAUUUGAAGACUCGAGAUAAUAGCAGAUGGAGUACCAAUAUGGGGCAGGUACAGUUAAGAUAAUACCUGCCUCCGCAUUUCGAGAUGUAUCCCUUUACCAGCAGCACUUUUCUUAUGAUUAUGGUCAGGAACCGUUGGGGCACCCAAUCAACGGUGCCUACUACAUGGGUGGUGUGUACAAUCCGGCGUACCUACACGAGCCGUACGGUCAAAAUGGAUAUAUAGAUCCAACAUAUGGAGAUACCCAACAACAACAUCCAUCUCAACAACAAUACCCAUAUUAUGGAUAUCCAAGUUAUUCCCAUUAUAACUAUCAGCCAGCAUCAGCAUAUCCAGGUGCAUAUGGUCCAUAUGCAGGUGCAUAUGGUCCAUAUGCAGGCGCAUCAGGUGCCUAUCGUCCAUACCCUCAACCAGCACCAAGUCCACCUCGAAGGUCUCGAACGGCGCCAUCGAGACCGCGUUCGACGGCGCCAACAAUGGGUACAUUAGGAGCGGAAAGUAGGCGUGGAGGACGUGGAGUGUCUGCUGAAGCAUUCGAUCGAAGACAGUUUAAGCAAUAUCAUCCACAGGGACAACCUAUCAAAAAGCCAUUACCAAUGUACAGAAAGAAACGAGAACCUCCACCGAUUGGAAGAUAUCAAGAAACUGAUUUUGGAGGAGGUGGUGCUGGAGGAGGAAAUGAUGCAUUUACACCUUAUAACAGAAAUUAUUAUGGAGAAGUUGGACCACACAGAACACAACAACAACAGACGAUGACAUUACGGAGGUUACGACCCUUCUAUGCACCAUCAUAUACCACAUAUCCUCCAUCAACAAUGCAUCCAAAACAUGCAUUGAAUAACAGAAAUUAUCCAUUAUUUGCAAGACUUGCAGUGAAAGCUGCUCAAGUGAUACUCGGAGUAGCAGUUAUCGGAUUAGUGUUAGGACCGAUGAAGGGAAGCUCGUUCCAUGAUUUUGUGAUACGAACCAACACCGAAUGGCAAGGACUAGUACUAGGAAUCAGUGUUUCAUUUUCAUUCUUCUCGCUUGUUCUCGGAAUAACAUCAUGCUUUGCGAGCAAUUUACACAUUUGGAAGAAAGUUGAUGGUCUUCUAACGGCUGCUGGAUGUUUCUUCUGGCUACUUGCUGGUUUUGUUGAAGCAUACUACGCAGCAUGUUAUCCACCAAAUGGACCAAGAAUCAAUCUUGUUUGCCAUCGUGCUGAAUGGAUUAUUGCUUGUAUCCUCGCCUUCAUCAACUUCUGCGUUUUUGUCGUGGAUUUCGUGCUUUCAUGGAUGAAUGGUGUCUCAAUGUUAUGAUCAUCUUACUGAUAUGAUCUUCUUUCAAGCUCUGUAAAAAUCUCCUUAUCAUUUCCUUGAAUGUUUUCUUCUAGAUCCGGUCGAUAUAUACCUUUAACGUACAACGCUUUCCCCGUCUUCUUUCUUAAUUUCUAAUGAUGCACGUGUGUCACUUGAUUCGCUCAAAUCUCUUUUCUUUUUGUGUUUCACUGCCUUUUUAAUGAGUUUUCAGCAAAAGUGAGUGCACUAGAAUCUUACGUAUCACUUUUGCUUAAAAUACAUUAUAUCAUUCAUUUUUCCUUUCAUUGAAAAUACUUUAACUCUGAAAACCGAACUUUCUUUCUACAUUUCUAGUCUUUCCGACCAUCGAUCAUAGCUUCUAUUCUUAUACUCUAAUCAGUUGUAGGUGUGCAAUGAAGGUCUUUUGCAUACCUGCACAAUUAGAUAUGCUUCCUUUUCUCUCGCACUAAUGUUCUCUCAGAAGUAUUAGCAUUGUCUGAGAAUCACAAUUGUUUUCAUUUUCCUAUGAUUUCUUAAUAUUUCUGUCGUUAUUCCCAGAAAUUCUAAUUUUCUGUUAUCGAUUCAGGUUUCUAUCGAUUUUUUGCAUUUUAGGAAAAUGAGCAUUGAAAAUCAGUGCUCAUUCCUGCUGUUUUAGAUUUUUUUUUCUUCAAAUAAUUUGCUCAACCAUCCACCCAAACAUCCGAAUUUCUAUAUGUUUUUGCUCAAAAAAGAAUAUUUAUUGUUUUUUUCACUAGAAAAUAUACCAUAUAUCAGAACUUUUCGGUCACAUCAAAGAGAAAAUAAACUCAAUUUAGUAGAA